GAGUUGCUUUAUCUGUAGUAUGCUACAUGGCUAAAGUACCGGCGAUACCAUAGGUAACCGCAACGCAAUGGAUCAUCAAGUAUAGACAAGUUUAGAUAAGAAUAUUUUCAGUGUAUUAAAGUCUUAUUAAUUUUUGACGGUGCAUUGAAGUACGCUUCAGUGAGCAGUGGCUAAGAUGUCCGGCUUUGACGAAAAUCCUUUUGGGGAACCGAAUAUCAAUGAUCCAUUUUCAGAUCCUGCGAUAAGGAGGGCUGUAUCUUCUACUCCAGCUAAUAGGGGUUUAGAAGAUUACAAUCCUUUUGCGGAACAAGGUUCACAAGGAACUGCACAAGUCAGAGGUGCUUCAAAUCCUCCUAUCUAUGGAGGUAUUGGAGCUACACAGCAACCAGCUACACUUCAACCUUCAAAUCAGGAACCUCCUGCAACUAAUUAUGCCCGUACUCCACAGCAAACAGUGAAUACAUCACUGGGAAGCACAUUAUCCCCCACUUCAGAUGUAAAUCAAAGAUCAGAGUCAGGAUGGAAAGCAGGAACAGAAGAAGACAUAAGGAAUACACCAUACUAUCCAAAAAGGAACAAUUGGCCACCUCUACCUGACAAAUGCUGCUGCCAACCUUGCUUUCACCAAGAUAUCGAUGUGGAAAUUCAUACAGAUUUUCAGAAGGUAGUCAGACAACUAUAUCGUUUAUGGAUGUUUCACGGCUGUAUUUUAAUUCUAAACGUUAUUGGCGGAUUUAUUCUACUGUUAUGUACCGGAGCAUUUUCAACAUUUGGUCUUGGGAUAUUGUAUUUAAUACUUUUUACCCCCUUCUCGUUUUUAUGCUGGUUCAGACCAGCAUACAAGGCUUUCAAAAACGAUAGCUCUUUUAACUUCAUGGUAUUUUUCUUCGUCUUCUUCUUUCAAUUAAUCGUCACAGGGAUUCAGGCCAUAGGCAUUCCUGGCUCAGGAACUUGUGGCAUUAUACUUGCUAUCACGAUGUUCGACAACACAGCUAAAGGAAUAUUCCUUGGCUUUUUACUACUCCUUAUUGCUCUUUGUUUCGUACUUGCUGCAUGCGGAGAUCUACUAUUAUUAACUAAGAUUCAUCGCAUAUAUCGCUCGUCGGAUGCGAGCGUUUCGAAAGCACAACAAGAAUUCGCCACAACUUUCUUGCGCAAUGAACACGUGCAAAAUGCGGCAAGUAACGUCGCCGCCACUGCUGUCCGCGCCCAAAUGGCUAACGCUGCUAAUCAACCACGCUAUUAAAGUGAUUUCACAACACUUCAGGAUUUAUUCUUCAGGUACUCUCUGACGUUUUACUACUCAGCAAAAUCGUAUGUGUAGAUCAUCUUAAUAAUGUGCAUUACUCGGGAUUCGAAAUUGUAAUGUUCCAUAGAAGAUUCUAUUCUUGCAUUGAAAACAAGAAAAUUAUACUACUCAUUCAUAAAAUCAUUUUUCUUUUUUUCUUGGUACGUUCGAAGAAUUAGUUAUGCACGUUUUCUUCUAAAAAUGAUUGAUUCGUAUCGUUUAUCGAAAGAUCUCAAAUGAAUAAUCACAAAUUUACUCCUGGCAAGUGUUUAACGAUUUAUGUAUUUCUUUAUUCCCCAUAACAGUAUUUUAAAUCGGAUUAACACAGUUAUCAUGUGGGUAUGUAUGUGUAUUAUUUAAAACAUAUAUGAUGUGUAUAUCCUUUUUGUUUGUAUUGAUUGAAAAUGAGUUACAAUAUAAUUUAACAUCUAGUAAAGAAACGAGCUAAUAAUAAUCAUAUCACUAAUUCUUAUAUUAUUGCUUCUAUAUACAUGAACAUAUUUACUAGCUUUUGUAUUUUAGUGGCACUUUAAUCAAGACGUUGUAAUCAUGUGCGGCUUUAUAUAAAUGGAAAGCGUUCGAUUGUGUUGAAAAUCAAAAUAACUUAAUUUAACAUGAAAAUAUGUUGUAUCCACGAGUAUAGAAUUCAAUUUCUUGUUUUACGAAACGUUAAUUUAACUACCGAUGGUAGGGGAAUAUAAGGCAACCAUCCUUUUGUCUACCUUUAAUAACGUCCUAUACAUUCCUUAAAUCGUGUAAUAUACAUUAUAUGGCCUUUCUUUAAAUUAAGUACUUGUUACUUAGAUCCUUAAAAUAUUCUAUAACUUUGUAAAGUUUAAACUAUAUAUACAUAUAAAUAUUAUAUAUAUAAAUAUAUAUACAUAAUGGAUAUUUUGAAAAGAAAACGAAUAUUACUUUUACAUAUUGUUUAAUUAUUUAUUAAUUAUAGAUAAAUUAUUUGUAGAGUACGAAAAUUGGUUUAUAUCGUUGCUGUUACUUAAUUGGAUGUAAUCUAAAUGUCUCAAUGAACUGGAAAGUUUAUGUCAAGUAAAAAAUGUUCGGAAAUAUAGGAAAAGAGUGAUUGAAGGAUCUUUGUUAUGUACUGAGACUUUAAUCAAACAGAGAUAUUGUGCUCUUUAAAUAUAUUUUUACAUAUAUAACGCUGUUUAAAUUGAUUGCAAUAAUUAUUACAUACCUUCAUUGUAUAGCAAUGAACAAUAAAAUACUUCGUUUUGUAUAAAAAAAGAAAAGUAAGAAAGAAAUGUUAUUUAAAUUUUAUAAAUACGCGCUGGUACAUUUACUUAUGUAAGAAGCAAAAAAAAGAAAAGUGACAAAUAAAAAUUUAGUUUGCUCAUAAAAAAGGAGAUCUCUUUCACACCAAUGAUUAGCACAAAAAUUUGUCCAUUUAAUAUAAUAAAUAUUUAUAAUAAAUUUUCCAGAUUCUGUAAACCAAUAGUUCUCAACAAUAUUUUACCUAAAAUUCCAGAAUUAUAAAUCAUCGAUUUUGAUCCAUGAUUAGAUAAGCUUAUCUUUCAAUUUGACAAACAAAGUAUACAUUAUAAAAAUACAAACGCACCUUCAGAUCGAUACGUUGCAAUUGGAUCUAUUGGAAAUGAACAACUAGGAUUGAUCUCGUACGUAGAUCCUGUUCCGAUUAAUUUCGCUACGAAUAUAGCAUCCAUAAUUUCUAUAUUCGAUCUGUACAUCAAUCUAGCGUGUCCUUCGGCUAAUCUGGAGAAAAUUGUUACGCUGAAUGUCUAAAACAAAAAAUGCUUUAAAUGUCUUGUCUCUUGUUACCUAAUAAGACUGUCCAAAAGUCGAACUGUUGUUCUUUCUUCCCUCCUAUCUGGAUGAGAUCUGUGAUAAAGAUAAGUCGCUCGAAGUACCAUUUCCGCUUCUUUUGUUAAUUUUGGUUGUAAAGAAUGCACGUAAGCCAAGUAUUCUCGCAAUGUAUCCUCUUUCCAUAAGUCUUCGCCUUCAGAAUGUGGUCGGACGUCAACCGAUCCCAUCCUGCAUUCCUAUUGUCUUUCAAAAGCAAGAUUAAGUCGAAACGAGAUAAAAGAGGAUCACCUAAAUUCGUUUCCCAUUCUUCAUCAUUGGUAAACUGACCCCCAACUGGAUUAAUGGCUGCAAUCACUGAACAUCUUGAGUUUAACGUACUAACUAACCCAGCUUUGGCGAUUGAUACCGUUUGCUGUUCCAUAGCCUCGUGAACGGAUGUCCUGUCUUCUGAACUCAUGGUUGUGAACUCAUCUACGCAGCAGACUCCUCCAUCGGCUAACACUAGGGCUCCAGCUUCUAGAUGCCAACCCUCUGAAUCCUGUAACAUGUAUGCGUGUAUGAAGAAAAUGAUAUGGAUAUUAAUUGUUAAAAAAAAAUAGAAGAUAUAGUGUAUAUUAACUAACUCUGACAGCAGUUGCUGUGAGACCAGCUGCAGUCGAUCCAACACCAGUCGUAAGAACCGAUCUUAUAGCCAAACGAGAUGCUGCACGAAGCAACUGGGAUUUGCCAGUCCCAGGGUCACCAACCAAAAGAAGAUGAGGUUCUCCUCGUACACGUGUUCCUUGUUUCGUUUAAUGUGGUUGUAUUUUAUGUUAAGGAGAUAAUAAAAACAAAAGUGAUGCAUAA